UUCGACUCUUCCACUCUCCAGGGCGGGUGCUUUUAGAUGAACGAUCCAGAUCAUCGAUUGUCAUCGAGAAUCAGGGCAAGGGACGAACUUAGCAAAGCUCCCUUAUAAAUUCCCCGAGGGCGAAUCACUCCGCUAGCUUCGCGUAUCUGAGUCCAGAGAGAGAGAGAGAGACAGAUGGAUGAAGAGGAGCAUGAAGUUUAUGGUGGAGAUAUUCCAGACGUGGGAGAGAUGGAGGCAGAGAUGGACGCCAACCAUGCCGACGUCGAUAUGUCCAGGACCGACGAAGACGCUGUCAAGUUGCAGGAGCUCGACGAGAUGAAGAAGCGGCUGAAGGAGAUGGAAGAAGAAGCUGCUGCUCUCCGCGAAAUGCAGGCGAAAGUUGAGAAGGAAAUGGGAUCCGUACAAGAUCCUAAUAGUGCAGCUGCAACACAGGCAAGUAGGGAGGAGGCAGAUUCUCGAUCGGUGUUUGUUGGUAAUGUCGAUUAUGCGUGCACACCUGAAGAAGUGCAGCAGCAUUUCCAAUCUUGUGGAACUGUGAACCGAGUUACGAUUCUGACAGACAAGUUUGGCCAGCCCAAAGGUUUUGCUUAUGUGGAGUUUCUGGAAGUAGAGGCCGUUCAGGAGGCUCUCCUUCUAAAUGAAUCUGAACUACAUGGCCGUCAGUUAAAGGUCUUGGCUAAAAGAACUAAUGUUCCGGGGAUGAAGCAGCACAGAGGAAGGGGCUUCAAUCCAUACAUGGGUUAUAGGUUCAGAAGGCCAUAUGUACCACCAUAUUUCUACUCCCCUUACGGAUAUGGGAAAGUUCCCCGAUUCAGGAGGCCUAUGCGCUACAGGCCCUACUACUGAAAGGCCACUUCGCAUUGAAAAAGUGUGAUAAUCAUAGAAGCAUAUAUUAUCAUGGGGACCUUUCUGCCGGUUUUUACUUGUGCGUGUUAUAUUCUCGUCACAGUGCAACAUAUGCGAUCAUUUCCUUUUUUUUUUUUUUUUUUUUUGUCGGAUGCUGGAAAAGUGUAUCGCAUUGGAGUUGCAAUGUUUCGGACAGUAUUUAGUGGAAUCUUGCAAAUUUGACUUAUGAUUAGUUGAUGCAGUCAGUUCA